AUGGAGCAAGUCCUGCUGUCCAGCCCUGGUGGGCAUUCAGAAUGGGAGUUGGAGCAGAAGCCAUCUUUGGGAUUCCUUUUCUUGGAUCCAGACAAAGGGGCUACUUUGCCCAAGGGGACCAAAGAAUGCCUGGAGUCAGACCUGGAUUUCCGAGAGGCGGAGGAGGGGUUGGUGUCACUUAAUCUGGAAAAUGCCUUAAAUCUAGACAACCUCUUCCGGAACUCAAGUGAGCCCAGCCUGCAGGGUGCCAGCGAGGAACCAUCUUUCCUGCUAUGCUGUGAAGGGAGCGGCCUCAGUCCCUUGUCACACGGGCUGGAGAUGGUGUCAUCUGAAACCGAGGACAAAGGUUUAUUCUUAGAGGCACUGAGGGAUCCGCUCACAGUGCGUAAUGCUAUCCCUGAGAGUUCACCUGAGAGCUACCUGAGCAGCCUCUCGCACGUCAACAGCUCUGACGACCAUCAUGAGCCGCUGGAGGUACAGGAAGCAUCUGAGCUCUUAUGGGAAAGGGCAAGCUCUCACGCUGACGGCAGCCUUAGCCUCGAACAUCACGCCACACACAGCCCUGAAGAGGUGCGCCUGAGCCAGCCUGUGGAGGUUGUUGAGCAGAACAUUCCCGUGGAUACUCCAACCAGUAGUUUGUCCCCCGAGCAGAGCUGUGAGGGUGACUGCCAUCUCCCCGGGUUCCACCCUCAGUUGACGGAAGCUCAGACUACUAAACUCUUCCCAGAUGGAGAUGCCCCAAACCAGGAUGAUCCGCUUGACAGCAAGGGCCCGGAUCAGAGCUUUUCUGUAGAGUCAAUGGAAGAAAAAGAUUUUCUAGCUUUAACUAAAGCAGAGGGAUAUGAAGAGCUGACUGCAGAUAGCAGCUUGACAGCUGAUGCAAUGCGCGAGAAGGAAACUCUGGACCCGAAACCCCCUGAGGGUAUGCUCCAGGAAAGGCCUCCUGGUGUGGAGCACUGUGGGAGGAGUGGAGAAGCAGAGCCUAACUUGGACGCAGCUAGUCCAAGAUGGGACUGCCCCAAUAGUCUAGAGCCUGAGUUGGACAGCAGCUCUGGCAGUUUGUGGACUAAUGGACAGACAAUUGAAGGGCUCUCACUAUCAGAGGUGGGGGCAUCUACCUCUCUGCCAAUGGGCGGCAGUGUUUCUCAGAGGGAGGAAGACCUGUCCUCUUUGAAGGCUGUGUUUGAUGUCCUGGACCAGGACAGUGAUGGGUUUGUGCGCAUUGAGGAGUUUGUACAGUUUGCCACAGCCUAUGGGGCUGAACAGGUAAAGGACCUGACACGGUUCCUGGAUCCCAGUGGUUUGGGUGUUAUCAGCUUUGAGGAUUUCUAUCGAGGAAUCACCGCUAUCAGCAAUGGAGGUUCAGACCCUCUAUGUGAUGUGGGCUUUAACCCCAGGAACGGAUCUGGGGGCUGCCCCGAGGAGUAUGAAGACUACGCCGUGUUUGAGCAAAAUGAGGUGACAGACAGUGCUUACGUGGGAUCAGAGAGCACCUACAGCGAAUGCGAGACGUUCACGGACGAGGACACGGGCACGCUGGUGCACCCGGAGCUGCACGAGGAGGUGGAGACAGACAGCGCCAUCGAUGCCGCCCUGCACGAUUCGGAGGAGGCUGGGAGCAGGCUAUCGCUGGGCUCUGAGCUCAACAGCCACUCCCUGGUGACGGUGAUCGGCGGGGAGGAGGAGCACUUUGAAGACUUUGGGGAGAGCCACAGCUCAGAGCUGUUCCUGGAGACGUCCGAAGGGCUGGAGGGGGAGGGCAGCCCUGGCAGCCAGGUCCUCUGCUCCUCCCUACUCCUCUCUCCCAGCACCAGCAAGAGGCUCUCCAGCAAAAAGGUGGCGAGGCACCUGCUCCAGAGCAGCGCUCUGACCCUGGACGGCAUGGAUGACCUGUCACGGGACAUCUUGGAAUUGGCCGACACGGACAUCGCAGAGAAGGUGAUGUACCUGGAGAAGCGCGUGUCUGAGCUGGAGAAGGACUCCGCGGCCAGCGGGGAGCAGCAUGCACGCCUCCGCCAGGAGAACCUGCAGCUGGUGCACAGGGCCAACGCUCUGGAGGAGCAGCUGAAGGAGCAGGAGGCGCGAGCGGAGGAGGCCCUGCAGCUGGAGGUGCGCAGGCACAAGGAAGCCAUGUAUAAGCUGGAGCAGGAGCGGGGCAUGGAGCUGGAGAAUCUGCAGAGCAGACUGCAGCAGCUGGAUGAGGACAACAGUGAGCUGCGUUCCUGCGUGCCCUGUCUACGCGCCAACAUCGAGAGGCUGGAGGAGGAGAAGAGGAAGCUGCAGGAUGAGGUGGAGGAUGUGACAGAGAGGCUGAACGAGGAGCUGGAGUCACGCAGGAAGAUGGCGGACAAGCUGGCACACGAGCGCCACAAGAGCCAGAAGGAGAAGGAGUGUACGCAGGAGCUGAUCGAGGAUCUGCGCAAACAGCUGGAGCACCUGCAGCUGUACAAGCUGGAGGUGGAGGCCAAAAGCGGGCGCUCCCCCGGGGCGGGGCUGCAGGAGUACCAGAGCCGCACGCGGGAGCAGGAGCUGGAGCAGGAGAUCCGCAGGCUCAAACAGGACAACCUCAGCCUGAAAGAGCAGAACGACGAGCUCAACGGUCAGAUCAUCAACCUCAGCAUCCAGGGCGCCAAGAACCUGUUCUCCGCCUCUUUCUCCGAGUCACUGGCUGCGGAGAUCAGCUCCGUGUCGCGAGACGAGUUAAUGGAAGCCAUCCACAAGCAAGAAGAGAUUAACUACAGAUUGCAGGACUACAUUGACCGCAUCAUCGUCGCCAUCAUGGAAUCCAAUCCCUCCAUUCUGGAGGUGAAAUAAAGGCCCUCCUGCCCGCCCACCCCUGCCACACCAGGACAGCUGGGGCUGGGCAGCGGGAACAUGGGAACAUCAACCUGGCUCACAAUGACCUGUCCGCUCUACACAUCCUCUGAAGAUUAAAUAGAAGAUUUAUGCUUUGUCCCUUUGGGUGGCCGCUGUCUCUGCACAGCGUUUCGCACAGUUUGCUGGUGUUCUUCCUUAGCGCACCAUGUCUUUGUGUGCGUUUGUGUGUGAGUGUGCGCAGUCGUUGUGUGUGCUGACUGGUUCCUGUGACUUCCCUGUAUUUGGGAUGGAGGGGCCUGGUGUUCCUCUUUCUUUCACUGUGUGCGUUUCUGUGUGUGUUUGCGUGGACCCUCAGAGGUUAAAGGCACUUUAAGGCGCCUCAUGGUAUGUGCUCCUUAUCCUCCGAGUUUCAUAAAUGAUUAUACUUGAUGCUGAGGAACUUGAGUGUCUCACAGCUCUGUGCUGUGAGUGCAGGACCACCUCACUUUUCUCUGCUUGUAGGGCUCACCCACAUCACUUUGUAAUCAUAUGGUUAAUGGCCCUAUGGUAACUUUAAAAGGAUGUGGAAGAUCACUGAGGUUUACUUACACAUAAAAAUGUGUAACUCGUGCUCCAACAGACCUUGGAAUUGAUCCCUUUGGAUAUUCCAAAGUUAACUGAAGUUCACACUACAAACAAACAAUCAGACCACAGCAUGGGUUUGGUCAUUGCAAAUUUCAGUAUAUUUACGGAUCACAUUCCCCAGGUUCUGUAAAUGGAUUUCUUUUGUAGCUCUGUCCUACCGGGG